UAAAAAAGCAUUUUAACAUUCGAGUAUCUAGACAGCGUAAAGGAGCCAAAACAAAACAAAAAUAUCUUUCCAUGGUAAUGGAUGCCAAAAUGGAUAAGCACUAACUCGAAUUUUAAAAAAUAAACAUCGAAUUUAAAUCUAUUGGAACUUUCACAACUUGAAUCUAUGGGCGAAACCUGUGAAAAACAUGGCUACGGCUGGCCCUAACAACUGUAACCGUAAUUCGAUGCAAAAAUAUAGACAAACCUGUUAAAUUAUUAUAUUAUUAUCACUAUUUAUUUUUGCAUUGGAAGCCACGGAGCGCUGCAAAGCAAGGCAUCAGGAUUUAUUAUUGCACUGUGUUGUUAUUAGAAUUUCAAAGGAAAAAAAUAACGGGUGAUUCGAGCAGACACCAUGCAAGCUCUGAGAGGUCCCAGCAAAUACGAUGAUGAACCUAGUCGUCAUCCAUCUCUCAAAAUCAAUGCCAAGCAACCUUUUAAUGCUGAAACUCCAAGAACAAUUUUAGUUGAAUCUUAUGUAACACCUGUGGACAUGUUUUACAAGCGUAAUCAUGGACCCAUUCCAGUACUUGAUGAUCCUCAAAGGUACCGUGUCAAAGUUGGUGGAUUAGUGCCAAAGACGUUACUAAUAUCUAUGGAUGACAUAAGGAUGCUUCCAAAAUACACAGUUACAGCCAUAUUGCAGUGUGCAGGCAAUCGAAGGACACCAAUGAGCAAGACAAAGCCAGUGAAGGGGGUCGGGUGGGAUGUAGGUGCACUGGGCAAUGCUGUUUGGGGAGGAGCAAAGCUUUCAGAUCUUCUGAAACUUGCAGAUAUACCUGAAAAUACAGCAAAUACAGAGGCAGGAGGCAAACAUGUUGAAUUUACUAGCGUGGAUGUUUGUAAGGAAGAAAAUGGAGGGCCAUACAAAGCAUCAAUACCUCUGCUACAUGCCACAAAUCCGAAGGCAGAUGUGCUGCUUGCUUAUGAAAUGAAUGGUGAGGUUUUGAACAGGGACCAUGGAUAUCCCCUUCGUGUGGUUGUUCCAGGCAUAAUUGGUGCUCGCUCGGUUAAAUGGCUGGACAGGAUUGACCUGAUUGAGAAUGAAUGCCAGGGUUUCUUCAUGCAAAAGGAUUACAAAAUGUUCCCUCCUACCGUUGAUUGGCACAAUAUCAAUUGGCUUUCUCGGCGUCCGUUAAUGGAUUUUCCAAUUCAAUGUGUCAUUUGCUCUCUUGAAGACGUGUGCUCAAUGGAGUGGGGAAAAAAGGUUAACAUACAUGGCUAUGCUUUGUCUGGAGGAGGACGUGGAAUAGAGAGGGUGGAUGUCUCGGUUGAUGGAGGUAAAACAUGGAUAGAAGCUAGUAGAUAUCAGAAGAGGGGUGUUCCUUAUGUGGCAGAUAGUGAGGAAUGUGACAAGUGGUCAUGGGUGUUUUUUGAACUUCAAACUGAGAUUUACCCCCCAACUGACAUUAUUGCCAAAGCGGUUGAUUCUGCUGCAAAUGUGCAACCUGAGAAAGUUGAUACCAUUUGGAAUCUUAGAGGAGUGCUAAACAACUCCUGGCAUGUAGUUCAUGUCAACAGUACUGCAAAGGCUAUGCGCUCAAGCCUGUGAAUUGACGUAAAGUGAACACUAAAAAGAAAGCUAUGACAGUUGCAAGUUAUUUUCUUUUGCUGGGCUAUAAAUUUGUUAUGUUGUUCAAUGUUCUGCAAUGUAAAAGGAAUAAAGCCUUCGGGAGAAAAUAUGCAUUAUAGGAGAGGAUCAGAUUAAAAGCUCUUCCUUUCACCAUUGAGAAAGGAUUUAUUUUGUAGUGGUUGUACAAAAACGACUACUAACUUAUUUGCAGUUAUAUAUUGGCAUAACUGACUAUCUACAAAAGUGUGUCCACAUAAGGUUGCACGCAUAAGCUUGUA